AUGAUCUUGGUGUAUCCAGUAACAUCAUUGACCAGGUUGGAUGCUAUCGUGACACUCUUUUUUAAUUCUUUAGCAUUUCUGCUUAGCCGUUCACUGAACGAUUUCGAGUACUCUUCUGUGGCUUUGGCUCUUUCUGCACUGAAUUUGGACAACUCGGCUUUCAGGUUUUUGAAGUUUUCGCUUUCAAUGAUCGAAUUCACAUACUCUUUCAAGGGGGACCCGUUAUUUCCAGGAUUCUUGGACUCUAUCUGUUUGAUCAAUUUCGACGUCUGCUCAUUGAUACGGUCUGCUAUUUGUUCGUUUGAUGUUUGUGGAUCUGGCUUGCUGGCAAAUGCUCGCACAGAAACCAAAAAUCUUGGCGGUGGGACUCUUCUUACUAUAAACAUGGCCGACAAGAAAUAA